UUUUUGGGAGGGUUGAAUAAGAAGAUUCGCAAGGUUUGCGUGACUGCAGAAACGGUCUGACAUUUGGGAAUACAUAGAUCUUUUUUUUUUUUUUUUUUUUUUUAUAACCAUCCCUCGCUAUUCUUGUCUCCUCCCACUUCUUCACUCACUCUCAGUUACACAGACAUUAACCAAGUCUCAUUAGUUUGGACCCGGGAUCGCUACAGUUGGGAAACGGAGAGGUGAGUCAGGAAAGGACGCGGCUAUAUUGAUGGGAGAAGGCCCUCCUGUUCAAAGGGGCACAGAACACUAGCAGAGGAGUGCAAGAAAAAUAAAAUAAAACGGUCUUUAAUCUUCGGUUUUAUUUGCUGCAAAGUCAAAGACUCCUCUUCCAAGCACGGUGUGUGUGUUCUCCAAGUACAACUACGCCUAGUAGUACCUGGGCGCGGUAGUGCUACAGUACAAGAAAGUAAAUAAGAUUUCAAAAGUAAAUAUUAUCAAACUAGGAAGGAAAAAAUGAAGGUGCAUGAUUAUUAUUAUUUUUUUUUUAAGAAGCCUUAAUGUGGAUUAAACACAGAGGAAAUAAAACGAGUAACAUUUGAAAUUUAACUUUCUUUUAAAAUAAACAAUUAAUUUACAUGAAAGCAGUGUUUGAAGGAUAUUGUGCAGAAACCAAAGCGGAAUAUUAAACGUUAUUAUUCAAUAUCAAACUUUCAGAAGACAUUAAUCUUCAAGAAAAAAUCGUCAGGGAGCGGGGUGCUUUAAGAAGCAGAUAUCGAUCUGUCACUGUGAGAAGAGACUUUAUAAAAAUUGAAAGGGGGUGACUAUCAAAGGUGAUUUUACAUUAAAAAAAAAAAUUAAACCAAAUGGUGGAAGUAUUGACGCAAUAUGAGAUAGACCAAUAAUGCACUGUGCAACAAGAAGACCCUGGAACUCUGUGCUCAAGUACAAGUAGACAGCCUGGGUAAAAAGGAGAGUUUUUGUUUGUUUUUCAAGCUGGGCUGGAAUAAGUGCAGGAACCUUUUUAAAAUAACUUGUGUGUGAAUUUCUGACAUGGCCUCCCCACAGCAUCAACAGUUGUUGCUCCACAGCACUGAGGUUAGUUGCAAUGCCACUGGAGAUAGCGUGUCUGUGAAGAUCAACAGCAAGCCACAGCUGCAUGACCCUGCUAGCAGCAGCAGCAGCAGCAGUGCUGGUGGCGGUGGUGGCAGCAGCUCCAAGCACUGCAAGUACAGCAUCUCCUCCAGCUGUAGCUCCGGGGAGUCAGGUGUUCGCAGGGUGGCGACUGCAGGGGCCAGGCGCCCAAAGAAGCUGCCACAGCUUUUUGAGAGGUCCUCGUGGCAGUGGUGGAACCCCAGGUUUGAUUCUAACAACCUUGAAGAAGCCUGCUUAGAGAGGUGCUUCCCCCAGACCCAGCGCAGGUUCCGCUAUGUGCUUUUUUACUUGGCAGCCGCCUGCCUCCUUUGGAGCAUCUACUUCGGGGUCAACGGUGCCAGGUGUGACUGGACUGCCUUUUUGGUCCCCACUCUGGGUUUCCUCGUCUUCUGCAUGCUGCUUUUGCUGUUCACCUUCACUCGCUUCUACGCCAGACUGUAUGUCUGGGUCUCUUUGUUGCUCUUCAUUGUCACUUUUGCCUUGACUUUGUCCCCCCAAUUGCAACGUGCUUUUUUCUUGAAAGAGGAUGACUUUGACAACAGCACAGGCCUGACUAAUGCUGCCUACUCCUGGGAGCCCUGCCUUUCCCCUGUGGGCACUUUCUCCCUGUGCAUGGAGGUGCUCCUGUUACUCUAUACCAUCAUGCACUUGCACCUGUACCUCUGUGUCUUGCUAGGGCUGGUCUAUUCAGCGCUGUUUGAGGUCCUGGGUUAUAUUUACUUUGCCAAUGACAGUGCAGAGUCCAACCCCCUUUACUGGCUGGCCCCUGCCAAGGCUCUUCUACACAUUUGCGCCCAUGCCAUUGGGAUCCACCUGUUCAUCAUGUCAGAGGUUCGCUCGCGAAGCACCUUCCUUAAGGUGGGCCAGUCCAUAAUGCAUGGAAAGGACCUUGAGGUGGAGAAAGCCCUGAAGGAGCGCAUGAUCCACUCGGUCAUGCCUAGGAUGGUAGCAGACGAGCUGAUGAAGCAAGGGGAUGAAGAGAGUGAGAACUCGGUGAAACGCUACUCCACCUCCAGCCCCAAGAACAAGAAGAAAAAGCCAUCCAUCCCCAAAGCCCAGAUCAUCUUCAGGCCUUUCAAUAUGAAACGGAUGGAGCCUGUCAGUAUCCUCUUUGCCGAUAUUGUGGGAUUCACCAAGAUGAGUGCCAACAAGUCGGCCCAUGCCCUGGUGAGCCUCUUGAACGACCUGUUUGGGCGGUUUGACAGACUCUGCGAGAUCACCAAUUGUGAGAAGAUCAGCACGCUGGGUGACUGCUACUACUGUGUGGCGGGCUGCCCAGAACCACGUGCUGACCAUGCUUAUUGCUGCAUUGAGAUGGGCCUUGGUAUGAUCGAGGCCAUAGAACAGUUCUGCCAAGAGAAGAAGGAGAUGGUAAACAUGCGGGUGGGUGUCCACACGGGCACUGUGCUCUGUGGCAUCCUGGGCAUGAGACGCUUCAAGUUUGACGUCUGGUCCAACGACGUCAACCUAGCCAACCUAAUGGAGCAGCUGGGUGUAGCUGGCAAAGUCCACAUUUCUGAGGUAACCGCCAGCUUCCUUGAUGACCGAUACCUGCGAGAGGACGGCAGGGUGAUGGAAAGGGUUGGGCAGAGCGUUGUGGCUGACCAGCUGAAAGGUCUCCUUCAAUCACUCAGCCUAGUAGCUGCAUCUGCUGGGAGAAAUGGGACUGGAGCAGCUGCCGAUUAUCCACAGCAGUCAUUUGUCGAUGCAGACUCAACAUACUGGGGUGCUUGUAGAUGGAGGCUAAAGACCUACCUGAUCUCUGGGCGGAAGGUGGAGAGGUCCCCCUGCAGCUGCUCACAGCUGGGCCUGGCUGGGUCGGAGUCUGGGGACGGGGCCUCCAGGGCGCAGACUCCAGAGACCAUCACCACCACAGAGGCAACACACACCAACAGCCAGACUGACAGAACCAAGGAGCCGUGUCCCUCGUGCAGCGUGAUGCUGGUCCCGAGCUGUGACACCUCAAUUGAAGACAGUACUGUCCAGAAUGGCUGCCAAGAGGACCACAAGAACAACACAAAGCCUAUUCCAGCAGGGCUUAGCCUGAAGAAUCAAAAUGGGCUGCUGAGCCCUCCCCCAGAGGACAAACUGACCAAUAGUCAGACUUCGCUAUGUGAGAUGCUACAGGAGAAGGAGAAGGGGAAGUGGGUGGGGGUCAGUAUGGACCAAUCGGCCUUGCUCCCGCUGCGGUUCAAGAACAUCCGCGAGAGGACUGAUGCACACUUUGUCGACGUCAUCAAGGAGGACAGUCUGAUGAAGGAUUACUUCUUCAAGCCACCCAUAAACAAGUUGAGUCUAAACUUCCUGGAGAAGGACCUGGAAAUGACAUACCGCAUCAGCUACCAGAAGGAGGUGAAGGACAGAGUCCCGGUAAAGACAUUUGCCAGCUCCACCUUCAGCUCCUUCAUCGACGUGCUCCUGUCCUCCGCUGUCUUCCUCUUCCUCACCAUCGGCUGCUUCCUAAAGCCCUGGGUCUCUGGCACCACGGCCCCUCCAGCUGCCAUCGCUGUCUGUGUGCUUGCCAUUCUGCUGGAGCUGCUCUCCCUCGUCCUGUCCGUGCGAAUGGCAUUUUACCUGGAUGAAGUAAUGGGCUGCACCAAACACCUGCUGCAAGUCAUAUCUGGCUGGAUCCCCCGGCAUUUCAUUGGAGCCAUCCUCAUCUCCAUCCCUGCUCUCUCUGUCUUUUCCCACAUCACCUGCGAGUUUGACUCCAGCAUCCAUUUCACCAUGUUCAUGUGCUGUGCGAUCAUCAUCACCAUCAUCCAGUACUGUAACUUCUGCCAGCUGAGCUCCUGGAUGAGGUCCUCCAUUGCAACAGUGGUGGGGGCGGUGCUGCUGAUCCUGCUCUACACAUCUCUCUGCCCUGAGGAAACAGCCACAUUACUGAGUUCCACCCUGUCUUCCAGGCUGGGCUCCUCUAACAGCUCUGUACCCGAGAUGCUGCAGCCACUGGACCUGAACAGACAGGAAGUGAUCCUGGCUUUCUUCCUGCUACUCCUGCUGGUGUGGUUCCUGAACCGGGAGUUUGAGGUGAGCUACCGGCUGCACUACCAUGGCAACGUGGAAGCUGACCUGCACCGUGCGAAGAUCCAGACCAUGCGGGACCAGGCCGACUGGCUGCUGCGCAAUAUCAUCCCCUACCACGUGGCUGAGCAGCUGAAGGUGACGCAGAGCUACUCCAAGAACCACGACAACGUGGGUGUCAUCUUCGCCAGCAUCGUCAACUUCAGCGAGUUCUACGAGGAGAACUACGAGGGUGGAAAGGAGUGCUACCGCGUGCUGAACGAGCUGAUUGGGGACUUCGACGAGCUGCUGAACAAGCAGCAGUACAACAACAUUGAGAAGAUUAAGACCAUCGGGGCCACCUACAUGGCUGCUUCGGGCCUCAACCCCUCACAGUGCCAGGACACCAGCCACCCGCACGGGCACCUCCGCACCCUCUUCGACUUCGCCAAGGAGAUGAUGUGCGUUGUGGACGACUUCAACAAGGACAUGCUUUGGUUCAACUUCAAGCUACGCAUCGGCUUCAACCACGGGCCACUCACGGCCGGCGUUAUUGGCACCACAAAGCUGUUGUACGACAUCUGGGGCGACACGGUGAACAUCGCCAGCCGCAUGGACACUACUGGUGUGGAGUGCCGGGUGCAGGUGAGCGAGGAGAGCUACCGCAUCCUCAAAGAGAUGGGCUACGACUUUGACUACAGGGGUACCGUCAACGUGAAGGGGAAAGGCCAAAUGAAAACGUUCCUGUUCCCCAAGAGCGUGGACAGUGGGAUGGUGCCACAGCACCAGCUCUCGGUCUCGCCGGACAUCCGUGUCCAAGUGGACGGCAGCAUUGGACGCUCCCCCACGGAAGAGCUUGCCAACAUGGUCCCCUCUGCCGGUGGCCAUGGCUUAGACCGCACCCCUCCACAACGGGCAGCAGCUGCUUUGGAGAAGUUAGAACUCAUGGACUCGUCGGGCCACCUCAGGGCAGCUCCUGUUGCCGCCUCCAGCCCAGGCAACACCCAGAGACCACACCCGGCCCGAGCCUUGGCCACACCUGCCAACCUGCCUGCUACAGGGCAAGGGACUGCCGAAGAAGAGGAGGAGGAGGAGGAGGAGGAGGAAGAGGCAGACGAACUGACAAAACUCAAAAUCUCAGAAAGCUUAUGAUGCUGCCUGACUCGGAUUUUAGGCUUAACUUCUCUGUUUCUGGAUGACACCUUAGAGGGGGGAAAAAAGAAAGAAAACUUUUUUUACAUCCAGUUUUCCCGUUUUGCUUUUUUUCACUCAUUUUCUUGUUUUGUUUGUUUGGUGGUUUACAUUUCACAAGAAAAAGGAGGCACUGUUUACUGUGUGGAUCACAGUAAGGAGGGUAUUGUUCCCUUCUUUAAUUUUUUUUUUGUGUGUGUUGGAUUAAUUAAGUGCCUUCAGAAAUACUCUUAACAGUCAGGGGCGUGAAAAGAAUUGUCAUAACAUGGCUUUUAUGAAACAGACAACAGGAAAAGCUGUGGAUAUUAUUUUGUCACAAACACUUUAUUAAAAUUUUAUUGUGAUAUUAUUAUUUUACAUAACUUUACAAUUCCAGCAAUGGUAUUUACAAAAGAAAACAAAAUACUGAUGUUGAAGAGUGCCAGUAGUACACUAUGGUAAGAGGAGGAGGGGGAUGCAGGGAAGUGUAACAGGUGUGUUUAGCUUUUUGUCUACAGACUUAGGAUUACAGUGGAACCUCACCCAAUACUUCACUGGACCUAUCCAGCCCCUGCUCGGAAGUCUGUGCAAGUACAGCUAUACAUAGUGCAGAGUACAAAGGUUGCGUUGCAAGAAUGAGACAGUGGUAGAACUUAGCACAUCAAAGGGGAAAACAAAUCUGCAUUCCAGGCCAAUAUAUUUUUCUACAUUUUUUCUUUUUCUUAGUUUAACGGCAGCUUUAUUCUUUUUAUUUUACUUCUAUGUAAAGUCGCCACUGAUAAAAACUAGACACUCUGAAUUCUGAGCUGCACAGUUAUAAGUAAUCUCCAGUUUAGCCAGUCAUUGCUGCUUAUAUGUCAUAUUUGCUUGUAAGCAGAGGACAACAUUCACUGCAUUCUUACCCGGAGCUUGGGCCCCCCACCGGUACUCAAACUGACAAUGGUAGUGUGCAGAAGGUCAGUGUUCUGUGAAAAAGCACUUUUACUGUUGUACACACCUCAAUUACUGGAUUAAAUGCUGCACCUUUUUCUCUCUUUUUGUUGUGCUAUUUUACUACCCAACUGCAGUGAAUGUUGUGCCAUAGAGAGUUCUAUUCAUGAAACAGCUGUGUUGUAAUUUGACGUGAAAUGUUUUAAAGUAAAACAAAAACAUAGCAGUACAGUGCGGUUUAGUCUGCACUUUAAAACGAACUCCUCUUUGUGUUAUUGGAUAUGGUUUAAGUCAUCCAAAGUUAUGUAGCAGUUAGCAUUCACAAAGUGGCAUUUAGAAAAAUUGUCAAUUACUUUUCAGAUUUGCCGUCUCAACUUAUUAUUCACGCUCCAUUUUGAAAUAUCUUAGUGUUGUAUGGUGGAAUUAAAAUACUGUAAUAUAAAACCUCAUUUCAGUAUUCAUGAAUCUCCACAGUUACUCAGCAUCACAAAGAAGUACUUGCUAUUAAGUGAUACGUGUGCAUAAAGCAUUUCUGCUGACUGAUUCCACUAAGAGGUUCCACUGUAUUCAUAUACUUUUAUUAUUAUGUGCCACUUUCAUUUCUCUGUGCAAUGUUACCCACUGCAUUCAUACCUGUUUUAUUAGUAAUAUUAUUAUAAUUAUCAUUAUUAUUUUGUAUAUUCAGACUGCACCAGCAUGUGGGUAACUAUAUAUUAUGUACAUCAAAUAAAAAGGCCACAGUCCAGGUUUUAGAAGUGAAGUUACAAAGGGUUGGGUGCUUUUUUUCAUUUGUUUCCUGUUUAAUCAUGCUAUCUAUUUUAUUGGAAGGGAAGUUAUGUAUUUUGUUAAUCAUUGUCUAACUUUUUGUACUAGUACAUAAAAGAAACAUGUAAUAUGUUCCAAAAGAUUAUGACUGCUGUUUACAAGAGGGUCCUGGUGCUCAAAAGACCACUAUACCUAAAGCUCAGCUGCUUUUAAACAGAAAUGGCCUUGCAUAAUAAUGAGGCUGUGUGCAAAUCAAUAAGCCUGCCCACAGUGCAAUAAUUUAAAUACAGAACAGUACUGGUCAACUGCUCUUGCAAGGAGGAGCAGCAGUAAUAUGUAUUAGGCACACAUUUCAAAGCCCCAGAAUGUAUUAAUUAAUACUUUUAAUUGCUCCUGUGGCAACGUGACACAGUGCUUCAGAGACUUACAAAAGUUUUACAUUCUGCGUGGAAUGAUACCAAAUCACACAACACUGAAUGCUGAUGUUUGCUGCUUUAUCACAGUCUUCAGUCCACUCAUGCCCAUAAUUUUAUUUUAUUUUUUUUAAUUAAGUCGUUGCCAAUUAUUUUUUAUUAUUUUCUCCCAAUUUGUAAUGGCCAAUUGUUUUUAGGCUCAGCUCACCGCUACCACCCCUGCGCUGACUCGGGAGGGUGAAGACGAACACACGCUGUCCUCCGAAGCGUGUGCCAUCAGCCGACCGCUUUUUUUUCACACUGCGGACUCACCAUGCAGCCACCCAAGAGCUACAGCGUCGGAGGACAACGCAGCUCUCGCUCGGGCAGCUUACAGGCAAGCCCACAGGCGCCCAGCCAGACUACAGGGGUUGCUGGUGCACGGUGAGCCGAGGACACCCUGGCCGACCUAACCCUCCCUCCCCCCCGGUGGCGCUCAGCCAGUUGAGCGCUGCCCCCUGGAAGCUCCCAUCCUCGGUCGGUAAAGUAAUAGCCUGGACUCGAACUCGUGACGUCCAGACUAUAGGGCACAUCCUGUAUUCCACACGGAGCGCCUUUACUGGAUGCGCCACUCAGGAGCCCUCGUGCCCAUAAAUUUUAGAAAGUCCCUGUAUAGUUAAUAGACGGAGCACUGCUCCAGUGUAUUGUAAAUGUUGAGUCGAUUCAGCAUGACCUUACCCAAAUUUAGAGCCAAAUUACCUGAUUGUCUCUAUGGCUAUUGUCUAAAUACAGUCAACACAACAGUGACGGUCUCAAUGCAGGGGCCAUAGGCUGCCAGUCAUGAAGCACAGUAAGAAGUGUAAAGAAUAUAUUAGUGUUUGAUAUUUGUAUUGUUUUCGGUAAAAACUGCGGCAUAUUGCACUGCUUUUUAUGUUAAUUUCAUAGUAGUGGACAAAAAAUAUGAUAUUUAUAAUAUAUGGAAUACUAUUCUGUUUUGGCCUCUAAAUAUACUCUUGAAAUAUAACAAUCAGACAGCAAAGUUGAGGUGGUUUAGCAUGUGUAUGAGAGGUGGGCAGAGAAAUGACUUUGGCAAUCUCCUGGUAGAUUAACAAGCCAGGACAUGUGGAUUAAAAGAUCAAAACAAUCACAAUAGUGUUUAAAGGUCAGACGGUGUUACCCUGUACUAGCCUAUUUAUAAUUUUUUUUUAGUUUUUUAGUAGUUUUUUUUUUUUGCUGACAGUAUUAAAAGCCUAGGGAAGCUAGCUCACAGGUUUUUUUGAAUGCUAAAUGGGAUCUGGAGAUAAAAGUAUUACUACCAAAAUUAAGGGAUUUUUUUACAACAUUCAUGAAUGGUAGUUAAUGUAUCUGACAACAUACUGUCAGUGCCUUCAAAGAAUUGAGUAUUGUUUCAUAUUCAUUUUCUCGACCAGUAGAGCUGUUUUGAUUAAUUGGGGUGAGCUAUUAGUGGAUAUAGACUCUGUUGAUGCUCCUUUACGCAGCUUGGAUACUGUUGUCUAUAAUACAGCUAGAUAUAAUAUAAAGAUAGACUUUCUUUACAUACGUUUUUCAUCUUUCAACUUCCUUUUUAUAUAUCGAUUUGAGCACUGUGCUUUUUAUAUGAGCAAUGAUGGUUGUAUAAAGGACAUUAAUAGGGGUUUUCACUGUGCAUUUCAUUAUAUACAUAGUGUCUAUCGGCAUUAUAUUUCACUCCAUAGUAAAAAAAAUAAAUAAAUAAAAGAAUGAGUACUUACUCAUUUUUUAAAUACCUAAAAGAGAUUUGGAUUAUGUAGAAUUUAUAUUAACAGAAGAAGGCUUAUUUUUCAGACUUGAAUCCAUGAUGCAAUAAUCAAGCUUCGGUUGUUUUUAUUUACUGAAUAUGUUAGGUUUGUGUCGAUGACAGCACACAACCCUGGUUUAAUUUCUAAAACCUGUACUGCAUUAAAAAGGCAAGGUCAAGAGUCAAUUCAGCAAGACUAUGUUUGCAUACAACUAGACUAAAGCAAGGAUUAGCCUUCAAGCAUGCAUUCUUCAUAAGAAUGGGAAGUUUGGGAAGCAUUACAUUACAUUUUAUGGAAGUGCCAUUUGACAUUUAUAGUAUUACAGAGUUACAUACCUUUAUUAUAAUAAAACUUAAAAUAAAGUACAUUUUAAGUAUUACUUAAAAAUAAAACUGUGCUGGAUCGAUAAGCAAUAGCCAGGACAGCUGAUGUGAAUCAAAAACUUUAAACAGACCAGUACGAAGUAAUUUAAUUUAUUUAGGGCUCCAAUUUGUCAAAGCUUGGUACUCCAGAGUGCUAGUUUCUAAUUAUAGUCCACAAGUUAGUUUGUACUAAUGUUGGAAGAUUACUGAUAUGUUGUCCUCUCACAAAGAUGGUGUGAAUUGCACCCUUGAGUAGACAACUUCGAAGGGUGCUCUGUAUCUCUCUACAUCAAUUGGCGAGGCAGGUUCAUGGUUUAUUGUCUUAUCUGCAGGAGGCAGAGGGAGACUGUGCACCCCAACACCCACUAUUAUUUUGUGCCUUAUUCCUCUGUUGAUAUCUUACAAUCCAGACAGCAGCUAGUACAUAUCUUCCAGGUAUGCAACUCUUAGGUAAGACAGGACUAAUCCUCCCUAUGGUCCUACCCAUUUUUGUAAAAAAAAGUUUCUGUUGCAUGAGUCUUGGCCUUUCUUUUGUUUCAAUUGGCUGCUGCUCCACCCUCCUUGCUAUUACCGAGUGUGUGUGUGUGCGAGUGUGGGCAUCGCCGACAUAGGUUCAGGGGUGGGAGUCUUAGAACAAUUGCUACUGCUAGGGCUGUAUAAUAUAUAUUUUAUAUAUUAUAUAAAUGUAUAUACAUAAAUAUAAAAUAAAAAGGGUAUACUGAAGCCUUGCAUCUGUAAAUACUGCGCCUAAGCUUUGUGUUUAAAAACAAAAAAAAAAAAUACAAAAUAAAAAAAUGGUAUUGGUAAGCUAUAUAUGUACAUAGAUUUAAAUAAUAAUAUACACAUAUAUUAUCUUUGACUUAUUACUACCAGUCUGUAACCGAUUGUAUAUUAUAGUUUUACUGUGAAUAAUAGCAGGACAGAAAGUUGACAAUUCUUCUCUACAUUCAAGACACACUCCGCAACUUGAAGAUAGAUGCUUUUGUUCUUUGUACGGAUAAAUUGCUCAAGAAGUCUGGUGUUUCCUCCAAAUAUGUUGUCUGUUUAAAUCAUUUUGCUUAUUGUUGUUAUUUGUUAAUCAUGUACGCAAACAAAUGCAAGUGUACACAACCAUAUAGAGUAUACAUCUGUAUGUAUAUGUUUACAUACUGUAUCAAUAGAGAGUACUAUUCCAUGUUUCUGCUUGUUUUUUUUUUUAUUUAGUAAAAGUUUACAUGUAUUCACAGAUUCAAGCAUACUAUAUACACACAGAUACACAUACAUUUGUUUUUGUUACUAAUUGUGAAUAUUAAAUGUAUUUGGGAUCUUUAGGCAUGUAGUAGUUCUGAAGUGUGUUUAGCAAAGGUUUGUAAUCCCACUAAGCAAUUUCUGUCUUAUCAACAUUUCAGAUAUGCUCAUGUUAGAAUAUCCAGAGCAACAAAUAUAGAACAAAUGUAGUAAGUAAUUGAAAUCUAAUGUAAUAUAUCCAGGUUACAAAGUAGAGAGUGAGGCUCAUAUUUUGUGAAAACACUUUAAAAAUUGGUCAGCGUAUUCAGUUGCCUUGUCCCAAAACAAAUGUUGAGGUACGGAAUAAAGAUUAAUUAAAGAA